AUGGCGGGCCGCCGCUCCCGCUCCCGCUCCCCCUCGCUCUCCUCCUCCCCGUCCUCCCGCUCCCUCUCCUCCUUCUCCUCGGUCUCCUCCCCGUCCCGCAGCCGCUCCCCUCCCGACCGCGGCCGCCGCAGCUCGUCCGCCGCGCGGAGGGGCCGCUCGCCGCCGCCGACGCGGGAGGGGGCCAAGGGAGGCCGCCCGUCUUCGCCUUCGCCUCCGCCGCCGGCCAAGAAACCCUCGCCCUCUCCCCCGCCCGCGAGGAAGCCCUCCCCUCCGGCACCCGACGAGUCGUCGCUCGUCCUCCUCGUCAGCCGCCUCUCCCGCAACGUCACCGAGGGCCAUCUCAGGGAGAUCUUCGAGAACUAUGGUGAAGUCGUCAACGUGGAGCUGUCCAUGGACAAGGCGGUCAAUCUUCCUCGUGGGUAUGGGUACGUUGAGUUCAAGAUGAGAGCUGAUGCCGAGAAGGCGCUUCUUUACAUGGACGGUGCUCAAAUUGAUGGGAAUGUUGUUAAAGUGAAGUUCGCGCCUGCACCGGGCCAAACAGCUGCUGCUGCUUCUUUGCCCAAGGCUCUUCCCAAUCCUCCAAAAAGAGAUCUUCCUGAGACUGACACAGUUGUUCCUUCCCUUGUUCCUAAUGCUGAAAAGGCCACCCAGCAGCGACCCAAAGAAUCAUCUACUCAAAGAAAACCACUUUCAUCUCCCCAAAGGCGACCUGCUCCAGGCGGAAGGGUUGACUCACCUAGGCGGCGCCCUGAUUCACCACCAAUUCACCCUUGGAAAGAUCCUCCCCCAUUCAGGCGUGGUAGAACACCUCCUAGCCUGAGACCAGGAUAUCCAGUUCGAAGACGGUCUCCCUCUCCACCCCCUCGAAGGUUCAGAUCACCAAGGCGCUUUUCACCCAGAAGAGGUUAUGUUAGUCCAGUCCGAAGACGCUCUCCAUUCGCUCCUAGAAGGAUGACACCUCCAAUGCGGAUGAGAAGUCCUCCAAGAAGGCUGCCACCUCCUUAUCGUCGUAGCAGAUCUCCACUUCGUCGACCAAUUCGCUCCCUUUCCAGAUCAAUUUCUCCCGUCAGGGGUCGAGCAGCUCCUGUGAGGCGUGCGCGGUCAUCCUCGUCAUUUUCUGAAUCACCAACGCCGCCAAGAAGGGGAGCCGUAAGGGUACCGAGAAGUCGCAGCCCUCAAAGGCCCUUUAGAGGGAGACGGAGAAGUGCCUCUAGCUUCAGCAAUAGUAGUGGUUCGUCCUCCCCUAUCCGCCGUUAG